AUGGACUAAUGUGUGUUGGUGGAAGAUUGAACAAAGCUGCUGGAAUUUUACCAUCAAAAGAAAUCAAUCCAAUUAUUCUUCCCAAGAACAGUCAUAUCUCUGUUCUUUUGAUUCGUCAUUUUCACGAGCAAGUCAAACAUCAGGGGAGAUUAUUCACUGAAGGUGCACUUCGUACGGCAGGUUAUUGGAUCCUGGGAGGCAAGCGCAUGAUUUCAUCUUUCAUUCACACUUGCGUGACUUGUCGAAAACUUCGCCGUGGCCUCGAAACACAGAUGAUGGCAGACUUACCAGAGGACAGGAUUACACCAGGCCCAGCUUUCACAUCUGUUGGAAUUGAUGUCUUCGGACCAUGGGAAGUCUGUACCCGCAGAACUAGAGGAGGAGUUGCAAACAGCAAGAGAUGGGGACUGAUGUUUACCUGUUUAACAUCAAGAGCGGCUCACAUAGAGGUUAUUGAAGAGAUGUCGAGUUCAUGUUUUAUAAAUGCACUGCGUAGAUUUCUAUCACUCCGUGGCCCAGUGAAGAUAAUAAGAUCUGACCGAGGCACCAAUUUCAUUGGAGCUGCUGAGGAAAUGAGAGUGAACACGAUAAAAGUAGAAGAGGGACCAGUUCAACAGUUCCUGGACAAAUCCUACAUCACCUGGAUUUUCAAUGUCCCACAUUCCUCCCAUAUGGGUGGUGUCUGGGAGCGAGUCAUAGGAAUGACAAGGAAAAUCCUCGAUUCAAUGCUUUUGGAAUCUAGUGGUAAACCUCUAACACAUGAGACAUUAGCAACAUUUUUAUGUGAAGUUUGUGCCAUCAUAAACUCUAGACCAAUAGCACCGAUACCUUCGGAUCCAAAUGACCCAAUGAUUCUUACACCAACUAUGAUUCUCACCGGAAAAGUUGAUUUCCUACCAGUCGUGUCUGAUUCACUCAGUCUACAAGACGUUUACAGAGCGCAAUGGAAACGUGUCCAAAUCCUUGCAGAUAUUUUCUGGAAUCAGUGGCUUAAGCAGUAUCUAUCUAUCCUACAAAGUAGACGUAAGUGGAAAAGCGAAACCAGAAACGUUUAAGAAGAUGAUGUGGUACUGUUGAAAGAUCCCGCUGAGCACCGGAACAACUGGCCAACAGGUAUUAUUGACCGCGUAUUUCCAAGUGACGAUGGAAUCGUGAGAAAAGUUGUUGUGCGAACUAUUCGAGCAGGAAAACCAACAUUUUACAUUCGACCAAUUCAUGAUCUCGUGUUGCUGAUAGAAAGUGAACAGUGACUAGAUGUGAACUGUAACUUAUGGACUGUGAAUAAUGGACUGUAACUUAUGGACUGUGAAUAAUGGACUGUUAACAAUGAAUUUGUAAACAUUGACUUGUAUUAUGAUUCAUGUAUCAAGUGAUCACGAGAUGUAUUGUUUAUCAACUAGUUUAUCACAAUUUGAAAUGUUUUGUGCAUGCAUAUGAGUAGUGGCAUCUCAAAGAUGCCAGGCGGGGAGUGUAGUGGAACCAAGAGUUAUCUCUCUUGAUCUUGUAUUGUGCAGUCUGAGAGUUAUUCCUCUUUAUGUGGAACUCUUCUAUGCUCAGUUUUUCACGCUGUAUACGUGCGGUCCCGCCGCAGUGCUACACAUUGUCUAUACCAACAUAUUCCAUGUUUCAUCCUUGUCCCCUCAAAUUCAAUUUACCACAUCAGAUCUACAUCAGAUCUACAUUCAAUAAAGAUUACCAAUAAUUAUUGAAUAUGGUUAUACUUGCUGUUUUUCAAACA